GCAAAAUAUUCCUCCGCCUAUAUAAACAUAUUCUCUCUCUCACUCAGAUUCUUCAUAGCUCAAACUUCCUCAACUUUCUCUCUCUUCUUCUUCUUCUUCUUCUGUGCAUAGAGUUAUCAAAUAUCAAUGGCGGACCUCAAUCUCACCUCCAACGGGAACCUCUCCUCUCCGUCUUCCACGCCCCGAUCGACCUUGAUAUUUCUCGGCACCGGCUGUUCCAGCGCCGUUCCCAAUGCCAGGUGUCUCAUCCAGCCUUCCGAUCCUCCUUGCUCCGUUUGUUCUCAGUCAUUGUCCGUUUCCCCUGACCAAAACCCUAAUUACAGGUGCAAUACAUCUCUGAUGAUUGACUAUUGCCAAACCGAGGGUAAACACAGCUAUAUUUUGAUUGAUGUUGGGAAAACAUUUAGGGAGCAAGUACUUCGAUGGUUCUCUCUCUAUAAGAUUCCUAGGGUGGAUUCGAUUAUUUUGACUCAUGAACAUGCUGACGCAGUUCUUGGUUUAGAUGAUAUACGUGCUAUUCAACCACAUAGUCCAACAAAUGAUAUUGAUCCCACUCCCAUUUAUUUGACUCAGUAUGCAAUGGACAGCAUUGCAGAGAAGUUUCCUUAUUUGGUCCAGAAAAAAUUAAAAGAAGGCCAAGAAGUGAGACGAGUUUCUCAGCUUAAUUGGACUGUAAUUGAGAGCAGCUGUGAGGCACCAUUUGUUGCAUCUGGCCUGAAAUUUGUUCCAUUGCCAGUGAUGCAUGGAGAGGAUUAUAUCUGUUUGGGUUUUCUAUUUGGUGAAAAAUGUAGAGUGGCUUAUAUAUCUGAUAUUUCACGGUUUAUUGCAAGUACAGAAUAUGUUAUUUCGAAAGAUGGGGCUGGACAAUUGGAUUUACUCAUAUUGGACACGCUUUAUAAGACAGGAUCCCAUAAUGUUCACUUUUGCCUUCCACAGACUCUUGAAGCUUUGAAACGAAUUUGUCCAAAACGAGCCCUGUUAAUUGGAAUGACUCAUGAAUUUGACCACCACAAGGACAAUGAGUUUCUUCUUGAAUGGUCCAAGAGGGAAGGAAUUCACGUGCAGCUCGCGCAUGACGGUUUGAGAGUUCCCAUGGACCUAUGACAAGGUUAGUCUUAAGACUCUUUUAGCACAAACGAAACCCGAAACCGAUAUUUAGGGUAUGAUUUUCGCCCCUUGUCGAGGGGUAUAAAGUGAACACAUUGUUCUUUGAAGUGAGUCAUCUGAUCCACAUUCUAUCAACUGAGUUAGAUCUAUAGAUAAACAAAGGAAGGAUUAGGUGCCAUUAUGUACCAAAAUAACAUGUUAAGACAGAUGGAAAAAAAAUUAAUCUUUAUUCUCAUUCAUCAGCGUUAUCGUUUCCUUUUAACACCAACGAAUUUAAUAAAUCAUGAUGUUAUGUCAAAUUUACUUGAAUAAAAAUAGUAUAUGUUUACAUAUGCAUCAUUUGUUAAAGACAAUUAUUUUUUUUAUAUUCA